AUGGCAUCUAGACGAAACUUAACACAUCGGCAGCCUCCCAUGGAGCAUGAGACUUCCGUGGAACCCAACCAAACCCCGGUAAUAGUCAAAAUCGAUGAGGCCGAUACAGUAACGGAGGGUGAGGGAGGUGUAUUAAAUUUAAACCCAGCAGGCGGAUCAAAGCACCAAGAAAACACCAAAAAUUUGAGGAGGCCUAACCUCACAGUGAUAACAAGGAACUCUGAUAGCUCUUUCGAUAGGAGCCAGCUAUCAGCCACCAGCAUCAAAUCACAUUUUAGGAACUUCAUAUCUCCAACAAGAACAGAGCAGUCUGAUACAGAAGGAAGCGGGAGCGCAGAUGAGGGUCCAAUAUCCUAUACAUCUGCUCUAAGUGACGAAGACAAUUUGCGGUCAGCCGCUGUAAUUUCAACAAUCGACGAGGGCGACCUGAGCGACUUCAAAGAUCUACAAGAUGAAUUCAAGAACGCGAUGAAGGAAGGGAAUUCGACAUGGCUGCCAAAGAGCCGUCGCAAUUCAAAGGUGCCCGAUGCUGAGACUCAAGAAGCCCCACGUCGUGAACCACAUCUCUCCCUUGAACCUCCUAGAGAGCAUGACCGAAGCUCCAGCGCUUCACCGCUGCGGGCCGCUAGUUCACUGGGAAUUCAAUUAACGCGCGACUCAAGUAAUGGCAAAAAUCCAAGCAAAUACACAAACAGAAUUUUCAGUGACGCAGGUGGUUAUGACCACGAUGCUGACUCCGAUUGGAGCGAAGAAGAAUCGGCCCAGGGCUCUUCAAAUAGGCCCCAGAGAGAGGAGCCAUCUAAGCCACCGUUGCUACUUUUCGGAAACUCGAUGGGGCUUAUAUCUCCGAAUAACCCCAUUCGCCGUAAGCUCGCAGCUCUUCUGUUGAAAAAAUGGGCUCCUUUGCCGAACCUCGCUUUUCUCGUUGCGAUGGUUGCUACGUUGGCACUAUCUCAUAUUAACAACAGUGGUGAUUUUACGUAUGACUCUACCGGUAUCGACAGUCUCCUACUAGUGGCCAAUGCUUUCUUCACUAUCGAAAUUCUUGCGAAAAUAGUCGCCUUUGGAUUCUGGGAUGACUCCCAACUGUUCCAUGCUCGUGGGGAAAAGUACAAAACCGUGUAUCAAACUCUGGGGCUAGCAAAGUUCUUUCAUAACCUUGAAGCUAAAUAUGGAUCAGAAUUCAUGAAGAAAAUAUUCCCGUUUGACAUUGAUGAUACUAGUGCAACGAAGGAAAUCCGCGACAAACAGUUAAGAAGCUCAGUUACAUUCAAUGGGGCCCCUAGAAGCUAUAACACCGAGAUCCCCCUCCACCGCGCAUUUGCACGCAGUAGCUGGAAUCGAAUUGAUCUCUUGUCGACUGUGUGCCUUUGGAUAUCGUUAUCACUUACAAUUAACGAGUACGACUUUAAACAUGGAAUCCGUAUCUUUAAAGCUAUCGGUGUACUACGUGUCUUAAAGCUUGCCGCUAUCCAAGAUCGCCAAUCUGACAUCUUGCGCAGUUUGAAGUAUGGACUCCCUCAGUUAUUGAACGUUGGUUUCAUGCUGUUGUAUUUUUGGGUUUUCUUUGGCAUUUUGGGUGUUCAAAGUUUUCGUGGAUCACUUAGGCGCCAGUGCGUUUGGACCAACCCCAAUGAUACCACAGAAACGUAUGUCAAUGAGAUGCAGUUUUGCGGAGGUUAUUUGGAAUCGGUCACCAAAAAUAAAAAACCUUACAUUUUCAGUGACGGAAAAGAAGGUCCUAUAGCAAAAGGGUUUUUAUGUCCCCAGAACUCGAAAUGUAUAUCCGACACUAAUCCGUACAAUGGAAGGGUUAGCUUUGACAACAUCCUGACUUCCAUGGAACUUGUUUUUGUCACUAUAAGUGCAAAUACAUUCACUGACAUCAUGUAUUAUACUAUGGACUCUGACAGUAUGGCUGCAAGCAUAUUUUUUGUUUUUUGCAUCUUUUCCCUUAAUAUUUGGAUGAUAAACCUUCUGAUUGCAGUCUUGGUUUCCUCGUUUGAGAAAGCCAAUGAACUUGUUAGAAAGAAAGGACAAAAAAACAUUGUUCCAUCAGCUUUUCAGCGUAUUAGAAAGUCCACCUUUGAUUACAUUAAGAAAAAAGCGAGAAGUAAGAGACUCUCUCCGCGAGCAGAGUUGUGGCUUAAGUGGUACAAAAGGUUUGAAUUUUUGUUUGUAUCAUUGAUUUUUGCGGAAUUGAUAAUGCAGGCUACAGUCACCUCACGGAGCUCAAGUAACCAUAUUGAACAUGUGUUAAAAUUUGACCAGGCAACCGCAUUUGUUUUACUUUUUGAAUCAGUUUUGCGACUAGUCAUCCACUCUGAUAACAUAUGGAAGUUCUUGAUAAACCCUGCUUAUGUUUUUGAUCUUCUCAACAGUAUCUUUUCAACCAUUAUAACUUUGCCCAACGCUCGCCGAAAACUAGGUCAGAAUUAUUACUGGCUUAAUUUGAUCCAAGUUGUUCGUUUCUAUCGAGUCAUAACCGAAAUAAGCGUUACUCGGAACCUAUGGAAACAAGUGCUUGGAAAUGUUUUACUAAUUUGGGACCUUACCGGAUUUUACUUUCUCUUCCUGUUCUUGGUUUCAAUAGUCAUAUCCGUUUACUUCGAUGGCGUUAUACCAAUCAGCCAAAUUGAUGAAACUCCGUUUGGGAUGUACUCGGUAACUAACACGUUUCUCACACUCUUUACUAUAGGGUCAACAGAAAAUUGGACAGAUGCACUGUACGCGCUACAAGAAAAUUUGCCAAAUAAAUCAAGCCAAUUUUUUGGUGUGGUUCUCUUGAUAAUGUGGUUUUUCAUGGCCAACUUUGUCAUGCUCAAUAUCUUUAUCGCCAUUAUUGCUGAAAGCUUAGACGUAAAAGAAGAAGAAAAGCGCCCCCUUCAAAUCAAACACUACUUAAAACAUGUUUACCCACAAAAGAUUAGAGACUUUGCUAGCGCAAGCCUCAUGGGACGCAUAAAAAACAAGAUUUUUGGUAACUCGGGAUAUGAUGAUUCUAAAGACUUCAGACAAUUUCUUUUUAGAGGAACUGCCAUAGUUAGUAUUGCCCAGCAAUACAAUAUCCUUGAAGACUCUCCUCAGGAUACGACAACAAAAGAAGGUGUCCCAUACUUCAUUAAAAACAUUAAGAGAAUUUUGAACAAUUAUUCUGUUUUGAAGUUGUUUGCAAAUAAUCCCUUUUACAAAAAGCCCGAAGUUGUCUACGUUGAGACAGUGGACAGCGUUGGUCUAAACAAAAAAUUCACCUUGAAACUGAACGAAUUCGAGGAAGAGAAGCUUCGAUACCUGAAAGAACACCCAAUGUACAACAAUUCCUAUUUCAUUUUCCCCCCGAACCAUAUUCUUCGCAAAUUUUGUCAAAGUUUAACUACACCCUGCGUGGGCAAGAGAACGGAUGGGUUUCGUUUUUUUGGAGACAACACGAACACUUACGAUCGCAAUUCCUACUUCAAGCAUAUAAAGAAAGACGUUUUUGUGGGCUUCAUAUCCAUAGCCACAAUUCUCAUGGUAGUUUACUCAUGUUCACUUACUCCGCUCUAUCGCAUCAAUCAUGCAUCUGGCGUUAACAAAUGGUCGAUGAUUUCUGAUGCUAUAUUUGUCACUAUUUUUUCCUUGGAAUUUCUCAUUAAAACAGUUGCUGACGGCGUCAUUCACACUCCAAAUGCUUAUCUUCGCAAUCCCUGGAACUGUAUUGAUGUCAUUGUUCUACUGUCACUUUGGAUAGACUUCGUGUCAGGAUUGAAGCGAGAUGAUGAUUUAUCACGAGUUUUCAGAGGCCUCACUGCAUUAAGGGCGCUGCGGUGCCUAACGAUAAGCAAAACUGCUAGGUCCACAUUCGACCAAGUCCUAUUUGAUGGCAUAAGGAAAAUCAUUGGCGCAGCUAUGGUAUCAUUGACGUUACUAUUCCCCUUUGCAGUUUGGGGUUUAGGUCUCUUCAGAGGCCGCUUUGGCGUUUGCAAUGACGGCGUGGAUCUUUCACAAUGUUAUAACGAGUUUAGUAACCAAGUUUUUGACUUCGAGAUUUUAACACCCAGAGUGUACUCCCAGCCGUACCUUUACAUGAACUCUUUUUCGACUGCUUUCAGGUCGUUGUACGAGAUCGUAUCAUUAGAAGGUUGGGUUGAUAUGUUAAGCAACAGCAUGGCAAGCACUGGAAUUGGAACGGUGCCGGAGACAUUUGCAAGCCCCGGGAAUGGAGCGUUCUUCGUUUUGUUUAACUUCUUGAGUAUGGUUUUCAUUCUAACCUUAUUCAUCUCAUUUAUUAUUCGAAACCAUGCUAGGACUACAGGUAGCGCUUUCUACACGAUCGAGGAAAAGUCCUGGCUCGAGGUCAAGAAGCUUUUAUCCCAAGCUAGGCCUGAACCUACCCCGGAUGUUUUAUCGAUGAGCAAGUUCAGGUCCUUUGUUUACAGGCUAGCAGUGGAAAAGACGUACUUCUGGUAUGCUUUCUUUCUACAGGCUGUACUCUACCUCCACAUCAUUACCUUGCUACUUUAUGCUUAUCAUGAAGCAAACGGCUUGGGGACUUAUCAGGACGUGAUAUUUAUCAUCUCUUCCUCGGUUUUUUUGAUGCAAGAAGGGCUCUACAUUUUCGGAAAAGGCGUUCGCUUAUGGUUCGCCAAGAAAUGGGAUGUUUUCAAGUUCUUCGUAGUCGUCAUGUCAUUCGGUCUUAAUGUCGCUCAAACCAGAAUGGAUGGGAUAGUGCUUGGUUUCACAAACGUUAGGGAUCUGUUCCAACUCGCAAUUUUCCUUUUCGUUAUCCAACAAAACGAUAUUUUAAGUGAGUUGAUAAACACAGCGAUGGCAAGCUUGCCUUCCAUACUGUCUCUUACCUACACUUGGGGAAUUCUGUUUCUGGUCUACGCGAUUGCCCUGAAUCAGAUCUUUGGCCUAACAAAACUGGGGCCCAAUACUACCGGAAAUAUAAACUUCAGAACCGUGAUUAAAAGCCUUAUUGUUCUAUUCCGUUGUAGUUUUGGCGAAGGCUGGAAUUACAUAAUGGAUGAUCUCACUGUGAAGUCACCAUUUUGUUAUGUUGAUAAAACUUCAGGGCGAACGGAUUGUGGAUCUAAACCUUACGCUUAUGUGUUGUUAAUGUCAUGGAAUAUUUUGUCCAUGUACAUUUUUCUGAACAUGUUUGUUUCUUUGAUAUUAGAAAGUUUCAGUUAUUUGUACCAUGCUGGCUCAGGUUCAAAGUCUGUUGCAAGCAGAGACGAAAUCAGGAAGUUCAGAAAUGCCUGGCGGAAAUUUGAUCCCGAUGGAGUUGGAGAGAUUGAAACAAAUCUCCUACCGCGCUUCAUGCACUCUUUCGAUGGUCUUCUUUCUUAUAAAAUCUGGGAAGGGAGGCUAUCCGUCAGCAACUUGGUCAAAAACUACAUGAAGGUCAAUCCUUCCGACCCCUACGACGUAGAGGUCGACUUGGUCGGAUUGAACAAAGAGCUAGAGAGUAUUGAUAGAAAAAAAAUCAUUGAGAGGAAAACUCAAUACCGCAGAUUUAUCCAGGAAGCUCGGCAUCUGAGCGCUUUCAACAAUGGCGUCAAGUUUUCCAAGAUAGUACAGCAGAUACCGUUGUAUACCGCGUACAACCCGCAAGAGUGCUUAGGGAUCGAUGAGUUCGUUAAGAGACUCUACGUCAUGGGCAAGGUCGACAGAUUUCUGGAAAACGAAAGAAACGUCGAUGUCCUCGAAAUGGUGGUCACUAGAUGGAAGUUCCUUUCAGAAAGAAGGAUUUUGCGCAGCAAAGCCGCAGGCGGCUUCAGGAAUACUCCACAACCACGCAAUAUCCUUGAUCUUGCGCUCACCAGCUCUGACCACCCGGAUACGCCGAAACUGAAUUUCAGUGUGAGUAACUUCAAUUGGUCCCCAAGGAGACGGGGCUCUGAUCAAGGCGGUCACCUGUUAGACACUAAUUCCUUGUCUCCAGAACAAGACGGCGAAAACACAGAGAGCGAUUCAGGCGGAAGUAGCAAGUCUUCAGACAGUCAGUCUCACAAAAGAGGGUUGAUACCAUGA